GAGCGUAUGAUGUCUCGAUCUACACUUUCAAUAAAUUCUUCUAGUUCAGAGUCCAAAGAAACUGUUGAAGAACCAGUGUCAGAAUUUGACUCGGAAAUGGCUAAUAAAAUGAAUAUAAAAUGUAAAAACAUACUUAUUGAAUAUGAGCGAAUACAAAAUUUAGAUGAUAUAAUUUAUUCAUUAUCGGAAGAUGAAACUUCGGUGAUCCGCACAAGGCAUGAAGAGUUUGUGAAAUCAAUGUCACUUAUAACUUUAGAUAGUAGUCCAAUUACACGAACAACAGUGGCAGGAAACAUUUUUGCAUAACUUUUAUCUAAAAAAAUUCUUUCUAUGGAAGCCAUAACUCGAGGAAUCGAUGCUAUCCUUAAAGAUUGGAAUGAUUAUUUGAUGGAUUACCCGGAAUUUUUCUCCUAUAUUGCUGCAAUUAUUGCUCCAUUAUUACUGACACAAAAUGCUUUCUUUGAUUUCAACAAUUUAAAAGAUUGUUGUACAUCAAUACGACCAGACAAUUCUGCUAAAUUGUUCACUGAAGUAUUAAAUAAAACUGUUAGUUCCAAGGAAACGCAGAACAUUAAAGAACAACUAGGUGGUAUAUUAUGGAUUUACAAGAAAUGGCUGGCGUCUGAAUAUCUUCCUCUUGACAUAUUUAUGCCUUAUAACCAAAUCAAUAAAUAUUUUGAAAAUUAUAGAAUUGGUCCAUUCAUUUUGUCUAUUGCUAUGUAUGAUCAAUUGAAGAUGGCAGAUAAGAAUCUACAACUCGAUAUAUUGGAUAGUUGGAUAAGUACUAAUAUCAGUGCAGAAAUAAUAAAAUGCCCUCAGUUUAUGCGAGCAUUAACUAUAGCUAUUAUCAUUGAAUGUUUGUAUUCAAAUGUUGUAUAUGAAAAUUUCUUUGAUCAUCAUCAUGUGAAAUUGUUAAUUCGUUAUAUUCAUUCUGAACCACUUCCAGAUUCUGAAAUUUGUGCAAGGGAAGUGGAAUGUCUGUACGGAAUUCAAAUUGUGUCUGCUGUAUUUGAAUAUCCUGAAGGAAUGGUAUUAAGAUUGUUCCAUAAGCUCUAUCAGGAUUGUGUUUUAAGUAAAGAAUCUUUUCUAACAUGGAAAAAAGAUGACAAAUUGAAUGCUGGAUUUGAUGAAGAUUUAGAAACAAAAAAUAUGACUGUUUUAAAUUCAUUCUUCAUGCACCUUGAACUAACCGAUUCGGAUUCUGAUGAUGCAUAUGAGUAGUAUAACGCACUAACUUCUGUCUGUGUGUAAUCAAUAUUCAUCAAUUGACACAAAUUCUUUUUUUAUUUUAUUUUAUAGUAGAUACCAUGUUAUAAACAGUUAAAUUUAAAAAAAAAAAAAAUGUCAAAUACUUAGCCAUUAUUCAUUUAUUUCCGUUAGAAUUAAAUUAUUUAUACAUUUACAAAUAUUGGUACACUGAGCUUUUUUUUUUUUUUUUUUGUUAAGAUGUCAACAAACUAUCUGUAUUUUUCCUCUAGUCCACGCGCAACUUAUUGACAAAACCUGUAUAUACAGAAACAUUUUCUUAUGUUUUUGAGUAAUCUUAGAUUAAAAUCACAAAACCGAUAUAGCAUAAUAGUUUUGAGGGUAUGACAGAUCAAUUUGUCUAAAUAUUGUCUUAAAUCGAUUUAGAUAUUAUUUAAAUUUACAAGUGAUCUCUUUAAUAUAAAAGAAAAAUGAUUUUGAGUAAAUAAUUUUUUCGUCCAUAUUGCGCGUGAGCCAGAGGAAGAUUUCAAAUAGUGAAUAUAUUAUUCUAUAUACGAAGAUACUAUUGUCUACAGUUAUAUAUGUAUACUUUUUAUAUUUUGAACAUACGAAUUAUAAACUUUUUCCUACCCUAUCAUAAAA